CGCAGCAGCGAAAGAAAGAGGCAGGCAACCAUGGCGGGCACGGCGUCGCCGGCCGCGGUCUACGGCUCCGACGGCGUCUACCGCUCGCCGCGCCCGGUGGCGCCCAUCGCCGCCGAUCCGGAGCUCUCCAUAUCCGACCUCGUCCUCCGCCGCGCCGCCGCGUGCCCCUCCGCGCUCGCGCUCGUGGACGCCGCGACGGGCCGCGCGCUCACCUUCGGGGCCCUCCGCUCCGCGGUGCUCGUCGCGUCCGCCGCGCUCUCGUCCCGCGCGCGCGUCCGCCGCGGCGACGCCGUGCUCCUCCUCGCGCCCAACUGCGUGCUCUACCCGGUCUGCUUCCUCGCCGUCACCGCGCUCGGCGCCGUCGCCACCACGGCCAACCCGCUCUACACCCCGCGGGAGAUCGCCAAGCAGGCCGCCGACGCCCGCGCCAAGCUCUUCGUCACCGUCUCCGACCUCCUGCCCAAGAUCGCAGACCUCCGCCUCCCCACAAUCCUCCUGGACGGCGACGGCGCGUCCCUGCCUGACGUGACCCUCUACUCUGACCUCGUCGCCGGGGUCCAGGAGACGGAGUACCGCCGCCCUCCGACGUGGCAGAGCGACACGGCGGCGUUGUUCUACUCGUCGGGCACGACGGGGCAGAGCAAGGGCGUCGUGCUCACGCACAGCAACUUCAUCGCGGCGGCGACGAUGGUGACGUCGGACCAGGACCAGCUCGGCGAGGGGCGGAACGUGCUCCUCUGCUUCCUGCCCAUGUUCCACAUCUUCGGCAUGUCCGUGGUCACGCUCGGGCAGCUGCAGCGUGGCAACACCGUCGUCGUGAUGGCCCGCUUCGACGUGGACGCCGUGCUCGCCGCCGUGGAGCGGCACCGCGUCACGUACCUCUUCUGUGCGUCGCCGGUGAUGAUCGCGCUCGCAAAGCAUGGGAGCGGCGGCAGGUACGACCUCAGCUCGCUCAGGUGCAUCGGAUCCGGCGGCGCGCCGCUCGGCAAGGACGUCAUGGAGGCUGUGGCCGAAAAAUUCCCCAACGCCGAGAUUAUCCAGGGUUAUGGUAUGACUGAAACCUGUGGGAUCAUAUCAUUGGAGUACCCACAAAAAGGACGUGCCCGUCAGUUUGGUUCAACUGGAGCUCUUGUCACUGGAGUUGAAGCAAAGAUUAUCGAUGUGAAGACAACGAAGCAUCUGCCUCCGAAUCAACUAGGAGAGAUCUGUAUUCGUGGACCAAACAUAAUGCAAGGCCAUUUCAACAAUGUGCAAGCUACUGAAUUCACAAUCAAACAAGGGUGGUUGCAUACUGGUGACCUUGGAUACUUUGAUGAAAGAUGCCAACUUUAUGUUGUCGACAGGCUUAAAGAGCUGAUCAAGUACAAAGGCUUCCAGAUUGCUCCUGCUGAGCUUGAAGGAUUGCUCCUGUCUCAUGCAGAAAUCCUUGAUGCUGUUGUCAUCCCUCUCCUUUUGCCAAAGUAUCCUGAUCCUGAAGCAGGGGAAGUUCCCAUUGCCUACGUUGUACGAUCACCUAAGAGUUCACUGUCUGAAGUUGAUGUCCAGAAAUUUAUCGAAAAGCAGGUCGCGUACUACAAGAGGCUGAGGAAGGUUACGGUUGUGGACAGUGUACCAAAAUCUGUUUCGGGAAAGAUUUUGAGAAGAGAGCUCAUCGCCCAAGUCAGAUCAUCCAAGUUAUAGCAAGUCAAUCUUCUCAAUUUCAGAACAGUCUUGUCACUAGGUUCCGCACAAAGUUUGCAUAUAUACAUGCAUGAUUGCAUUGUUCGGGAGGAGCUGAUCGAUCGUCGUCUGCCUAUGCAUGGAAAGCGGAGGAAACGGGGCGCAUCCGAAUCGACUUCGUCUGCCUAUGCAUGGAAAGGAAUCGACUUCGUCUGCCUAUGGAACGCUGGCCCAACAGAGCUAUAUACUACCGCACACAAUCCAAUACGAAAAAAGAAAAAAAUAAGGCAAACCCUACUACGCGUACCGCCGCCCGUCGCCGCCGCUCCCGGCUCCCCUCCGACGUUUCAGUUGCUCGCGUCGUCCCGUGC